AUGGAUCCUUCACCAGUGUUCAAAAAUGGAGACCCCUCAUCUGAACACAGUAUCCUGCAGGGGGUGACAGACAGAACAGAAGAGGAGAUCAUCACAGAUAAAGAACAUGGUCAUGCUUCUGAUGCAGUGAAAGUCCAAGAAAACUUCAAAUUAAAUCUGAAAAAGAAGUUUGAGUGUUUGAAUGAGGUGAUAACAAACCAGGAAACCCCAACACGUCUCAGUGAGAUCUACACAGAGCUCUACAUCACAGAGGGAGACAGUGGGGAGGUCAAUAAUGAACAUGAGGUCAGACAGAUUGAGGCAGCAUCCAGGAGAACAGCAACAGAGGACACACCAAUCAAAUGCAAUGACAUCUUUAAAUCCUUUUCUGAACAAGACAAACCCAUCAAGACUGUGCUGACAAAGGGAGUCGCUGGCAUUGGAAAAACAGUCUCUGUGCAGAAGUUCAUUUUGGACUGGACUGAAGGGAAAGCAAAUCAGGAUGUCCACUUCAUAUUUCCACUUCCUUUCAGAGAACUGAAUUUGAUGAAGGACCAAAAACAUACUUUGCUGGAUCUUCUUCAUGUAUGUUUUAAGGAGAUUAAAGAAACAGAACUACCCAGAUCUCACAAAGUUCUGUUCAUAUUUGAUGGUUUGGAUGAGUGUCGUUUAACUCUAGAUUUUCAGAGCACUGUGAGAUUGGAUGAUGUCACUCAGUCAUCCUCAGUGAAUGUGCUGCUAACCAAUCUGAUCAAGGGGAAUCUGCUUCCCUCUGCUCUCAUCUGGAUCACGUCCCGGCCUGCAGCAGCUGAUCAGAUCCCCUCUGAGUGUGUGGAUCGAGUGACAGAAGUACGAGGGUUCAGUGACCCACAGAAGGAGGAGUACUUCAGGAAGAGAAUCAGUGAUCAGAGUCUGACCAAUAGAAUCAUCAGACACCUGAAGACAUCAAGGAGCCUCUACAUCAUGUGCCACAUUCCUGUGUUCUGUUGGAUUUCAGCCACUGUUCUAGAGAGAAUGUUGGGUGAAGCAGAGAGUGGAGAGACCCCCAAAACUAUGUACAAUGUGACUCAAAUGUACACACACUUCCUCAUCAUUCAGACAAAGAUCAUAAGAGAAAAGUACACAAAGAACCAGAAGACAGAUGAAGAAAUACUUCUCAAACUGGGACAACUGGCUUUUCAGCAGCUGAUGAAAGGAAACCUGAUCUUCUAUGAUGAAGAUCUGAGAGAGUGUGGCAUCAAUGUUAAAGAAGCAUCAGUGUACUCAGGUGUGUGUACACAGAUCUUCAGAGAGGAAUCUGGGCUGCACCAGAGUAAAGUGUACUGCUUUGUUCAUCUGAGCAUUCAGGAACAUCUUGCAGCUCUAUAUGUGCACCUGACCUUCAUGACCAAGAAGACAAAUGUGCUUAAAGAGAGUCAGUCCUCUAAACUGGGGACCCUCAGGAGAAAAGACUUGACAAUCUCUGAUGUACACAAGAGUGCUGUGGAUCAGGCCUUACAGAGUAAGAAUGGACAUCUGGAUCUUUUCCUUCGCUUUCUUCUGGGUCUCUCACUGGAGUCCAAUCAAACUCUCAUACAAGAGUUAGUGACACAUACAGGAAAUAGCUCUCGCAGCAAAGAGGAAACAGUUAAACACAUAAAGAAGAAGAUUAGUGAGAAUCCCUCUGCAGACAAAUCCAUCAAUCUGUUCCACUGUCUAAGUGAACUGGAUGACCAUUGUCUAGUUGAAGAAGUUCAGCAGUACCUGCAGUCUGACAAACUAAACCAGAGAACACUCUCUCCUUCACAGUGGUCAGCUGUGGUCUUUGUACUGCUGACAUCAGGUGAGAUUCUGGAUGAAUUUGUCCUAAAGAAAUAUAACAGAUCAGAUGAUGUUCUUCUGAAGCUGCUGCCUGUAGUUGCAGAAUCCAGAACAGCUGAUCUUUCAGUUUGUAAACUGACAAAGAAAAGCUGUGCAGCUCUGGCCUCAGUGCUCAAUUCAGAAUCCUCCAGUCUGAGAGAGCUAAAUCUGUCUGGGAAUAAUCUAGGAGAUUCAGGAAUGAAGCUGCUCUCUGCUGGAUUGGAGAAUCCUGUCUGUAAACUGGAGACAUUGUGGUUGUUUAAGUGUAAUAUCACAGAUGAAGGCUGUGCUGCUUUGACUUCAGCUCUGAAAUCAAACCCAUCACAUCUGAGUGAGCUAAAUCUGUCUGAGAAUAAUCUAGGAGAUUCGGGAUUGAAGCUGCUCUCUGCUGUACUGGAGAAUCCUCUCUGUAAACUGGAGACACUGCGGUUAAAGAAUUGUAAUAUCAUAGAUGAAGGCUGUGCUGCUCUGACUUCAGCUCUGAAAUCAAACCCCUCACACCUCAGAGAGCUGACUCUGUCUGAGAAUAAACUAGGAGAUUCAGGAGUGAAGCUGCUCUCUGCUGUACUGGAGAAUCCUCUCUGUAAACUGGAGACACUGUGGUUGAGGUAUUGUAAUAUCACAGAUGAAGGAUGUGCUGCUCUGACUUCAGCUCUGAAAUCAAACUCUUCACAUUUGAGAAAGGUGCAUCUGUCUAAGAAUAAACUAGGAGAUUCAGGAGUGAAGCUGCUCUCUGCUGUACUGGAGAAUCCUCUCUGUAAACUGGAGACACUGAGGUUGUGGAAUUGUAAUAUCACAAAUGAAGGUUGUGCUGCCCUGACUUCAGCUCUGAAAUCAAACCCCUCAUAUCUGAGAGAUCUAAUACUGUCUAUGAAUAAUCUAGGAAAUUCAGGAGUAAAGCUGCUCUCUGCUGGACUGGAGAAUCCUCUCUGUAAACUGGAGACUCUGAGGUUGUUUAAGUGUAAUAUCACAUAUGAAGGCUCUGCUGCUCUGACUUCAGCUAUGAAAUCAAACCCCUCACAACUUAGAGAGCUAGAUUUGUCUGAUAAUAAACUGGGAGAUUCAGGAGUCAAGCUGCUCUCUGCUGUACUGGAGAAUCCUCUCUGUAAACUGGAGACACUGUGGUUAUGUUACUGUAAUAUCACAGACGAAGGCUGUGCUGCUCUGACUGCAGCUCUGAAAGCAAACCCCUCACACCUGAGAGACCUGUAUUUGUCUGGAAAUGAACAGACAAAGACAGGACAUGAGCUGCUGUUUGAUCUUCAGCAAGAUAAGCAUUCCAGACUAUAAGAUCUAAUGAACCAGUGUGCAGCAGCAUCUAGAUAGCAUCGCCCAAAGCAGUCAGCCCUACCUUCUUGCCC